AUGGAGUCCAGAAUCACCCCUCUUGUGAUUGAUAAUCAAGAAAUACUUCACCCAUCUGGCGAAAGGGUCGCGUCGGACCCCUCGCCUUUCCAAGGAGUUACCGAUGACCUGGCCAUCCAAGCGGUGGAGAGCUGCGCGUCUGCCUUUCCUGACUGGUCAGCCACGUCUCCGGUCGAGCGCCGUUCACUAUUGAACAAGGCGGCGGAAAUCCUAGAAUCUCGGUCGGAGGAUUUUAUUCAGUGUAUGCAAGAGGAGAUCCGGGCACCCCGUGUCUUUGCUGAGUUUAAUGUGCGCACGGGGGUGGACUUCCUGAGAGAAUAUGCGGCCUUGACAACGGAUGCAUUAGCGGGGACCAUCCCAGUAUCCCACGGAGAAUCCUAUGCACUGGUCUUCAAAGAACCUCUGGGAGUGAUCCUGGCCAUCGCGCCUUGGAACGCACCCAUCAUCCUUGGCCUGAGGUCGAUCGCGGCACCGUUGGCGGCGGGCAACACUGUGGUCUUCAAGGGCUCGGAACUCAGCCCUCGUACCCAUUUCCUCGUCAGCACUCUAUUCAAGGACGCCGGAUUUCCUCCGGGUGUGGUCAACUACGUUCUGCAUCGCGCUGAAGACGCUGCCUCGGUUUAUGAGACGAUGAUCAACCACCGGGCAGUGCGCAAGUGCAAUUUCACCGGCUCAACCAAUGUGGGCCGCAUUAUUGCUUCCAAGGCGGCGCUCGCACUCAAGCCCGUACUGCUCGAACUGGGCGGCAAGAAUUGUGCCUUGGUUCUUGAAGAUGCCGAUAUUGAAAAGGCUGCCAAACAGAUCAUUGAUGGCUCGACAUUGAAUAAUGGCCAGAUUUGCAUGUCUACCGAUCUUGUCCUGGCUAUCGACGCCAUCCACGACAAACUCGUCUCUCACAUCCUUGCCCUAUUACAACAAUUUGCUUCGCCGCAUCGAGUCAUUACCCCGUCAAGCAAGCGGAAGCUCAACGGCCUGAUCGAUGACGCCCGAGCGAAGGGCGCCAAAAUACACACAGCGAGCAACAAGUCCGAGAUUCUCGGAAAUGAGACUGACUAUCCUGCCACUGUGAUCGAAGGGCUUACCCCGGAGAUGGAAUUUUUCACAGUUGAGUCUUUUGGUCCUAUUAUGGGCAUCGUUCGUGUCAAAGAUGAGGCAGAGGCGAUGGAUCUGAUCCAGCAGUCCUCGUACGGACUUUCCGCUGCAGUCUUCACCGCGUCGCAUUUCCGGGCCCUUCAACUCGCACGGAAAAUCCCUGCUGGUGCCAUUCACGUGAAUUCAAUGACUGUGCACGAUGAAGCUACGUUGCCGCAUGGAGGUCAUGGGGACAGUGGCUGGGGUCGGUUUGGUGCGAAAUGGGGGCUGGAAGAGUUUCUACAAACUCGCACGGUUAUACUAAAUCCAUAA